GACAGACAGGAGCGCAACAACAGUCUGCCCGACUCCCCGACCGCAUCGCACCUCUGUCCCGCCACACUGGGCUACUUUCUCAUCAUUUCCCUUGAAGAGGAUAAAGAGGAGAUUAUCGGUGCAAAACAAAAAGCCUGGUUGAGGGGUUUCAAAUUGGAUGUUUCCUCUGUGACGGUAUGUAAGUAAGCUCAGUAAGUAAGUUUCCUGUCUCAUCCGCUGUGCAGAGGAGGAGGAGAGGAGCGGAACUUUCAGAGGACCUUUUCUUGCACCGGAGUAGCAGCGGGGGCAGUGCGGCUGGUUUUACCCCAGGAGAUCAUAUCUGCCACCGGCUCCCUCUCUCUCUCUAGCCCGGCUGCGGAGGUGGAUGGUAUGGUGUAACUUUUCCCGCUCCAGUCGAACCUGAGCGGCCGGUGUGAGAGAGGAGCCGUUUUAUGGUACUGGAGAGGGGAUGCGAGCCUCUCCUCCGUCUCGGAUAGCGGAGCGGCUAUGAGGAGAGAGGUCUACCUGCUGGGCUAACAGAACAAGACCACACCGCACCAACAGAAUGCGGGAACGGGGUCCUUGCAUUUGUGGAGUAGGUGUGUGGAGUCUACUGCUGUCCCUCUGUCUGGCCUCCCUGACACAUGCACACAGGAGCCACACAGUGCAUGUGAAGGCAGGGACGUGUGAGGUGAUCGCUGCCCAUCGCUGCUGCAACAAGAACAAGAUUGAGGAGAGAUCUCAGACUGUCAAAUGUUCCUGCUUCCCUGGACAGGUUGCUGGCACCACUCGGGCCAUGCCCUCCUGUGUUGAUGCAUCCAUUGUAGCCCAGAAGUGGUGGUGUCAGAUGCAGCCAUGUAUGGAAGGUGAGGAGUGUAAGGUUCUCCCAGACCUCACAGGAUGGAGCUGCAGCACAGGCAACAAAGUCAAGACCACAAAGGUGACCCGAUAGUCCAGUCCGUCUCAAAAAGAGAACGAGAAGAUGGUGGUGGAGGUACUUACACAGCACAAUGGACCUUAUCAGCGGUGAAGAAAUGCACUCAGAUGGACUUCGAUGAGGAACCAGUAAUUGUUUCAUUUUUGUGACGAUAUCCAAGAAAUGGCGGCCGAAGAGACAGGACUCUAACACUGCCUGCCAUCACCUUUAAAGACAACUGAGUGACCUUGGUCCUUUAAUGCAGAGGACUGCAUCACCCACAAUCCUUUACUGCUACUAUAAACUUCAACAAAAUGAACUAUGACCUAAACAGCACUGGAUUAGUUGACAAAAAAAAAAAAAAACAACUUUCUUUACAACAAUCUGUAUUCUUCAUCUCUCUUCUAUGGCUUAGUUGUGUUCCAUAUGCAUAUUGGGGAAAAAAGGGGGAUCUGGAUUUUAGACAGCUAUCCUGUAUUACAAACAUCACUAUAAAAAAAGGGAGUGGCUCCAGAAUGGCUGCCUCUGGAUGACACAUUUAAAUUUAACCGUGCCACAUAUGACACACUUGAUGGUGUCAAAACAUUUCUCAGAUUUGAAACUGAACCUUAUUCUUUCUUUUUUUUUUUCUUUUUCUUUUUUCAGAUUUCACCUCCAUAAUAAUACUUUACCUUGAAUAGUUUGUGGCUUACCACAUGCCAUUUUUUAAAAUGGGGAGACAGUUUGUCAGUCUUCUUGUUUCUUUUGUUUUUUGACAAAGGAAAAAAUCCUUUCAGGGUGAGGUUAGACUAAUACCAAGUAGAUGUUAUGGUAUAUUGAAACAUGUAUACGUGUAAAAAAUGGUCCAUGGAAUCAACGGGGCUAAAAAUAAAUUGAUGCUCUAAUGGUUUUAAUAUCUGUGUUUUUAAACGCCUGUUAACCGCUAUUGAGUACAUGUGUCAGUAUUAUAUGAAAUGAAUAAAACCUUUCAAAAGAAAA